AUGGUCGCAGCAUUUGACGAGUUGGAGCCUAGCAAGAAGAGCACGAUUCUUAUGGAACUGCUGAACCGAUCAUCUACAGAUACCCUUCAACUCAUCAGCUCACUGAUUAUUCCUACUCUCCGACGCGACUUUCUAUCCUCGCUACCGAAAGAAGUUUCGUUAUGCGUACUAUCCAAUCUAGACGUACACACCUUAUGCAGAGCCUCGACAGUAUGCCGGUCCUGGCGUGACCUGAUCAACGGCGAUGCGCUGUUGUGGAAACGCCGGAUGAUCCAGGACGGAUUCCCUCAUGACGAUCCAUGGGCCUCUCGGUACCGUGGCAGUGGAACGGCGGCGGCCUCCGUGAUGCCAAAGAAUAAGAAUAAGGAGACUUAUUACACGAUCACGAAUCCUUUCAAAGAGCGCUACAGACGCCUUUAUACCUUGCGGCAAAACUGGCGCAAGGGGCGUGCGCGCGCUGCUCGAUUGAUCAGCCAUCCCCAUAAUGUGGUCACGUGUCUUUCCGUGGAUCAUGACAAGAUUGUGUCUGGAGCGGAUGAUUCGGUGAUCAACAUUUAUGACGCAGUGACAUUGACGCGACGACGUUGCUUGCGUGGUCAUGAGGGUGGUGUCUGGGCAUUGCAGCAUGUUGGCAAUACGCUUGUGAGCGGAUCUACGGAUCGGACGGUGCGGGUUUGGAGUUUGUUGACGGGCAAGUGCACGCACAUCUUUCACGGCCAUACAUCGACGGUUCGUUGCUUACAAAUCGUCAUGCCAAACGAAAACAACGAGCCUCAGCAUCCGUUAAUUAUUGCUGGAUCGCGCGACUCUACGCUGCGUGUAUGGCGAUUGCCAGAUCCAGAAAACGAUCCUCCAUAUGAUGGCAACGGUGCCAAUCCUUAUCAUCUGUACACACUGAAUGGUCACACCAAUUCUGUUCGAGCCAUCGCAGCGCAUGGCAAUAUUCUCGUGAGUGGCAGCUACGACCGAAAAGUAUGUGUUUGGGAUCUGGCAAAAGGCACCCUGGUCCACCGUAUGGAGGGCCAUGGCGAAAAGGUGUAUUCGGUGGUGAUUGACCAUGAACGGGGCCAGUGCAUGAGCGGCAGCAUGGAUGCAUACGUCAAGAUCUGGUCGUUGGAAACAGGCCAAUGUUUGCGCACCCUGGAUGGUCAUUCGAUUCUCGUCGGUCUGCUAGGUCUCUCGGAUGAACACCUCGUUUCUGCAGCAGCGGAUACCACACUCAGAGUCUGGUCACCCGGCGGAGACUGUAUGCAUGCACUGCUGGGCCAUCAAGGUGCAAUUACGUGUUUUCAACACGAUAAUGAAAAGAUAAUAUCCGGUUCUGAAGGGGGACUCAAGCUGUGGGAUGUCAAGACUGGCAAGCAUUUGCAGGACUUUGUCACAUAUGCGACAGGUGUUUGGCGAGUUGCCUUUGAUCAGCGACAAUGUGUAGCUGCCAUCCACAGUAACAAUAUCACUUAUCUAGAAGUACUUGAUUUCGGUACGUAUGGCUUAGAAGAAGCUGCACACCACGAAUCAGUUCCUCGUCCUGUACAUGCUACCCGACACUGA